AUGGACAUCACGUCCCUCUUUGCUGCCAUGCAGCAACAUGAUCAGCUUGCCACCAUGCCAUUUCUCAAUCUUACCACCUUUCUCUGGUGUUCCAGCCUUCUCAAGGAUGAUAUUCUACAACCACAGCCACACACUGUCUCUGUCCUCGUCGCACCCAACAUACUGCUGCCAUCCAUCAAUGAAUUUCUGGCCGAAAGGGUUGCCAUCUCCAAGGAUGCUGUUGAUGUCCUAUGGGAUAUUGUCAAGGAUCUCAUUUGGAUGUUGCCCACAGCUGAGGAGGCCGCCACUGAGGAGGAGGAAGCAUUCAGAUCAUAUGGCCACAAGCGAGGGAUCACGAAGCGCACCCUAUACCCUCCUGUCAAGACAUGCAUCAAUCCAGACUGUAAUGCCUGGCGAAAUAACUCCCUGCUGAAGAAGGAAGAGCAGCGACGUGUAGUGGUCUUUACCCAUGCACAAGGUGCUCAUCCUGCUUGGUCUGUUCACUUGAAGUGUCGAGUUUGUCAUACGAAUUAUCACCACAAUUACAGCGUCAAGGAUGGUACAAGGACAUACUACGAUGGUAUACCAUCCUAUCUACAAGUUGCUGAGCACCAAUUUAUUCAGCUCGAGCUCGCAAUGAGCUGGAUGGAUCUCAUGCAGAUUCCUGUCUCAGCAACAAAUUGCGCGCGAGUAUAUGAUAUUGCUCAAUCUCGUCGAAUGCCUGAUGGGACACUCAGCCGCACAGAGGUUGUUGUUACUGAUGGUGUCACUGUGGGGCAUCCGUGCUGUGCAGUCCCGCGAUGCACCAAUGCCCUUGCAAAUACUCGCCAUCGGUACUGUUCUAUAGACCCUGCGCACAAGCACUUGGAGACGAUAUGCGCUGUGGAGGGAUGUGACCGGCCUGUGACUUGCGACACUCAGUCUGGGAAGCUUCGCAAAGCCUGCAACGACCCCCUCCACCUUCAAAUGGAGGCUCUCAAUGUUGAAUCCAUGCAAAGUGGCAAGAGUCGAACAUGGCGUCAGAAGCUCGUGAAGUCUAAUGAUGCCAUGGCCUCUGUUGAUGCUGGCGACAGUCUCGGUGUCCAAGAUGGAGAGGAGUGGUAUGAGCACGAUGGACACACGGGAGACACUCGCCUUGUGCAACCGGUGGUUACAACUUCCACUGGAGUCAAUGAUGAAGAUCGUGCCUGCAAGGAAAAGGAAACGCAAGGCAAGCUCAAGGCACUUUUUCGACGCCAACGGACAAACAACGAACAGCUUGUUGUUCGUCCUUGUGGGAUAAUCAAUGCAUGUAGUACUAUGUACCAUCAUGAGGCAGUAUCAAAUGUUUUAGUAAGUGAUCCUAACAUCCCUGCUUUUUCUACCUUACUGAUGCUGCAUAGCUCCUGA